AUGUGUUUGGCGACUACUCUGCGAGCCGGCGCGAACCGCCUGACACCCGCGAUCGUAACCGAGUUCGGCCGCGAGAAGGACGCCCACCUAUUCAAGAAGACCCAGAUCAAACGCCUGCGCAAUUCUACCGUCCACAACAAUGCCAGCUGGGUGGUGUGGGCGCUGCCGGGCGUCUACCGCGGGCCGCGAGGGCCAUCAAACUGCGCUGGAUACGUGGGUCCCUGA